AUGUCUCUAUUCAUCAAACCCACGCCGAAGAGCAUUCUCAUUUUUGGAGCAGCCGCUCAUAUUGGCAGGCCCUUGGCCGAAUUUCUCACUCGAGAGGCUCCUGAUAUCAAACUGCGACUGGCGACAAGCAGCCCGGGCAAGAAAAUACAGCUUCAAGGUGCCUUUCCAAACGCCGAAGUUGUCGAGGCCAACUAUUCAGACGUUACAUCCCUCUCCGCCGCCCUCAUCGACAUUGAGGGUGUUUUUGUCAUUACUCCAGGAGGUCUGUCGGAAGAGAAGGCCAUGACGAACUUGGUCACCGCCCUCAAGCAGGCUAAGAACAUCAUACACAUCAUUCGUCUGAUGGGAGUUUUCCCAGAGAUCUCGCCUUCACAAAUUCCUACCACCCUCGGUCCAGGAUCCCUUCCAAUCGAACACCCAAUCGCCAAGCGCAUUCUCGAUGCAAGCGGACUGCCUGUAACCUACAUCAACUCCGGAGCAACAUUCAUGGACAACUUUUGGAUCCAAAUCAAGUCAGUCAUUGCAAAGAAGACCCUGAUCUGGCCAGAGCAUCGUGUGCCCUUUGUGGACCCUCGUGACAUCGCAGAGGUUACAGGCAGACUGUUCUUGUCCAACAAUGCGAAGCACAUUGGUGCAUUCCACACAAUGAACAAUGGUCAUGACUGGCUCACGUUCGAGGAGGUGGCGGCUAUGUUGUCCGAAGUACUGGGUGAACCGAUUGCGUACGAUGGAAGCCUCGAGGCAUUUUCUGCUUUCUAUGGAUCUAUUAUGGGACCUCACUUGGUGCAAGCCAUGUGGAACUUUUUUAAGUAUGAAGAAGCUCAUGAGGAAAUUUGGUCAUUGAAUAACUUUGCGGAGAGGACCCUUGGAAGGAAGCCUACAACUGUCAGAGAUUGGCUCGAGGAACACAAGGAUGUAUUGAAGACAGGUACCGGAGAUGCCCCUUGGGCUUCAAAAGCGUAG